AAAAAGUCAAUAAGUUAGUUGAGUACUCAAAAAUCCCAUUUCUUUUCAUGGGUUAAACUACCAAGAAUAUUUAAUCUGAUUAAAGACCUCUUAAAGUGUUUGCCUAUCGUAUCUUAGGUGGAUAUGCUCGGAGAGCUAUGACCAUUAUCCAACAAGACAUACUGCAUGUCACAUAGAAGAAGACGAUUUCCUUACAUUAAACAAAUCGUCGUCAGCAGUCACUAGUUUCUCUCCAUUAAAAUCAGACUCCACUCGUCAUCUUCGUAGUGGACCUCAUUCUCAUCCUGGUGCUAGCUUAAUUUAUACAUAGAAAAUUUUAAAAAUUCUACAAAAUGUUUAGUCAAAAGGUUUUGUCCUCUGUGUCGACGUUGGUGGUGAAAUGUCUUGCAACUAGCAGUCCUGGGAGUCUGUCAUCGUCGGCAUUGUUGGCAAAAAGUACAGUCGGAUUUCUUCCUCCAGCAGCCAGUUGGAGCUCUGUUCGAGGGUUACAUAUGUCAAGGACAUGUUUUAAAGUUGCGGAUGCGGAAGUUGAUCCAAAAUGGGCAGACAAUCCAAAGCUGAUUCCUAACGAGGAAUGGGCCAAGCGAUUAACUCCAGAAUCUUAUUUUUGUACGAGAGAAGGUGGCACAGAACCGCCCUUCAGCGGCCAAUACUUGAAUCACAAAGCAGAGGGGAUUUAUACCUGUGUUUGCUGUGGCUCGGACAUUUUUUCUAGUAAAGCGAAAUAUGAUUCUGGAUCGGGUUGGCCAUCAUUUCAUUCAGCCAUCGAAGACACUGGGAAUAGCAGUUCUAAUGUGAUAAGGAGAAAGGACAUUAGCCAUGGGAUGGUUCGGAAUGAAAUACUGUGCAAUAAUUGUAACUCACACCUUGGCCACGUUUUCGAAGAUGGACCGGAACCAACAAGGGAACGAUUUUGCGUUAAUUCUGCUGCCCUCAAAUUUGUCCCAAAGAAAUUAAGUUAGUUUAGUAACAGCUUCUCGUACAAUGAAGAUGCAAAAACAUGGAUAUGGAGUGUUGCUUGUGUGUUAGUGUUAAUUAUGAUAUGUAGUUUAUAGUGAAAUAAAAAAGUUUUUGAAAGAAUAGA